AUGUCAGCCAAGCCCACCCAAACUCCGAGCGAAAUUAUCGAUUCUAUCAAAGAAAAAGGUUUCACAAAAAUUCGAGAUUCUACCAAAGCCAAAGUCGACAUCGUGUUUAUCCAUGGCGUGCUGGGCAACAACCCUUGUUGGACAUCUGACGAUGGUGUCUUUUGGCCUCACAUGCUCCUCGCCCCUGAGCUACCGGAUGCACGAAUCUUAUCUUUUACAUAUAAAGAAAAGAUUAGUCACUCUGGUGGGAAGACCGAUGCUUCGAUCGCCAUGGUCAUUCAAGGGCGUCUAAUCAACGGACUGGCCAAGCUCCGAAAGGACAAAGAGAGUAAAACCCGACCAAUAAUUUUUGUUGCGCAUUGUCUAGGUGGAGUGAUUUUAGAGGGUUCUAUUGUAGACGCGCUUGAUGAUGAAUACGGAAAGGAAAUCGUUUCUUGCAUUCGCGGUAUUCUACUGCUGGGCACACCGCAUUUCAAGGAAGGAUUGGAGCCAGCCGCCAAGGAAUAUUUCCGAUAUGCUUUGGGGUUGAAAGACGAUGAGUUGCCUAAAGAAUUACCGCUGCCUGAAGAAUUCCCGGAAAUCAUCUCCAAAACUCAGGAAUUUUUCGAUUUCAAAAGAAAGAAUGAGGGCAUCAUUGAUGUCAAGAGUUUCCGUGCCAGCAAAGAACCCACUGUCAAGGAGAAGUUGGCCCAAUUGUCGCAAGGCCCAAAGCCACAGUUGCUAAAUCGCAGCCAGUUACAGUUGAGUCAGUUUGUAGACAGUGGUGACGAUGAUUUCCAGGAGGUGCUGCAGACUCUUACUGACUGGCUUGAAAAAAUUGACCGAGCAUCUGAAGAGCAUAACGGCCCAGAACACGAUGAGCCCAGCGUCAAUUUUUCAGGAUCAAAGAAUUCUGGGAUGCAGAUCGGGACGAAUAAGUCUGGUAUUCGUGGGCUCACCUUCAAUACAACAUACUGA